AUGGACGGUGGAGAUGAUUCCAGCGGCUUUUUGAACCACGUGAAGAUGAAGAAAGGCGGUAAAGAGAGCCAGAGUCAGGGGAGAAAACAAGGCAGGCGUGGUAAGGCAGCGAGCGCAUCCCAAGAGGCGGAUGUAGAAAAUCUAGGGCAGCCAAGGCCGGGCGAUGGGACGGGGAAACAGGAUAGUGAGCGAGAGAUUGAUCCAGAGGAGGAAGAGCUUCGGGAGCUAGAGGCGCUUUUCAAGUCUCCAGUGCACCGCAGCACGUUCCUGACUCAGAAGCAGAGCAGCUCUUUGAUGCCUGCCGCAAGAGCUGCAGCCGCGGCAGCAGUAGCAGCGGCAACAGCAGCAGCAGCAACAGCAGCAGCAGCAGCUGCAGCAGCUGGCACAUCCCCAAUGGGAUCGCAGGAGCCAUAUUCGCAAGACUCAGAUUUUCCGGGGCCUAGAGGCAUGAGUCGUCAAAUGGAACCAGAAGAGUCAGAUUUCCGGGGGCCUAGAGGCACGAGUCUGAUGGAGGCGCAGGAGUCGGGCGAGAUGAUGGCGAGCCUGGAUGAGGCCAUGUUUGCACUCGAUGGGUUGAAGCUGCGGCAGCCAAUCAGGGUGCAGAGAUCUGCUGCCACGUCACUGGCGUCCAUCUGCUCUGCUAUGGACCGCCGUCGCCUGCUGCGCUCGCAGGGGCUAAUAAAGCAGAUCAUGGAUGCUCUUCUGCUUCUCCCAAUAACGGAUCACCCUCUGGCACUGGCCGCUGCAGCUAUUUUCUUCUUUGUCUCCUAUGAUGACGUGGAGAGUGACUUCCCAGACCCCUCCCACGCGCUCAGCUUCCUCCUUGCUCUCUUAAAACACCACAGCGCCGCCGCCCCUCCACGUGCCAGCCCAGGCCCUCGUGCCGCACCUGCAUCUGCUGCCGCUCGUGGCAAGUCUCCUCCUGCCUGGGCAGACCUCUCUUGGCGGGAAUGCCCUGUGAAGGGGGUGGAGAGGCGGGAGGCGGAAGCUGCAGCAGCAGCAGAGUGUAAGGUCAGGAAGCUGUUCCCGAACGGGGUUGGGGGAGUGCUGUGGGAUGAGGAGGAGGAGAAUGGGGAACAGGAGGAUGUGGAGGAGGAAAGGGGGAGAGGCUGUGCUGGUGGUACUGGUGGUGCUGGUGCUGCUAGUGGUUGUGGUGGUGGGUCAGAUGUGACGGUUGUGACGCUGGUGUUGGCCACGCUGAAACGGAUCUGCUCUUCUGUGAUUGCUCUUCAAGCAGCAGCACCAGACAGCACCCUGCCGCCCUUCUCCUCCAGUGGGCCUGGCCGGCAUCAGCUCAUGCGCGUGGGGCUCAAGGACGAAAUGCGCCGCCUGGGAGGGCUGCACCUGGUGGCGGUCGUGGCUGCCAGGCACAUGCUGCAGCUGGCACGAUCUACGCUCCAGCCAUGUGCAGGUGGCCGGAGAGAGGAAGCAGAGAGGGGAGCAAAAGAUGAAGCAGCAGCAGGAGACGCCAAAAGGCGGAAGCUGGGAAACAUGGAGCAUGCAUUUGUACUCAAGAAGAAGCACCACUUGCAGCAGCAGCACAAGCGGAUGGAUGGUACUGAAGCAGCAGCAGCAGCAGCCAAUGAGGACCUGCCACAUGGCGGAAGAAUCUCCGCCAGUGUGGAUGUGGCAACAAGCUGUUUGGGCGUGUUGGAGCAUGUCACGUUCAUGAGCCGCGAUAACCAGGAUUAUCUCAUCCGCCUCUCCUUGCCCACUGACACUCUGCCUGGAGCGAAGCGAAGAAAGGUGUCUGGCUGCCACACCACCUCUCCCGCUGCCGUGCCCCUCGUGGCCACAGUGGCCUCGAGUGGGGCUCUAGGGAAAGGGAAGGGAGGCAGCAGCAGUGAGUGGUCGUUUCUUGCUCUCCUGUCGGAGUGCCUGGAACGUCUUGCAGGUGGUGGGGGCAUUCCGACCUCAAAGGGCAAGGAGAGCGCUACCACUUCAGGAACGGAUUCUGAGGGGGAUGAGGGAGGGGCAGUGGAAAGGGCAGUGGGGGCCAGUGGUGGGGCCAUGGUGGUUCUGGGCGAUGCUGUGCCUUUGGACUUGGGGCGGGAGGAGGGGAGUGAGGAGGGCGAAGAGGGGAGUGGGGAGGACGAGAAGGGAAGUAGGCGAAAUGGAGGGAAGAGAGUGCGUGGGGUGGCUACAAAGGGGAAGUCUGGUGGGGGAAGGAGAGGGGUCCAGACAGGUGGCAAGGAGAGGGCAUCGGCAGACCCGUUUUGCUUUGACCCAUGGGAGGAGGAGGGUGCAGGGAGGGUUGCAGGGAAGAUUGCAGGGAGGGUUGCAGCGAGGGCAGGUGCAGGGAAGAGCAGCAGUGUUGAUAAGCGGCAGCAGGGAAAGGUGGCUUACACUGCCGGCGCGAGGCGUAGUGCUGUGAAGGAGUUUGUGCGGGGGCAAGAGCAGGUUGUAAUGCUGGGAGAGGCGGUGGAAGGGGAUGUUGAGGAUGAGGAUGAAGGGUUGCGACAUGGCAAGAGUGGUGCUCUUUCCAUGGGGGCGAAACAUGGUUCUGGUGGUGCUGUGGUGCUGGGGGAAGAUGUGUCGGCAGCAGAAGAGGAGGACGAGGAGAAAGAGGGGGAAGGGGAGGAGGAUGGGGAAGAGGGAAGGUCGGGAACUCUCAUGGCCCGCACUGGUGCAGGCAGGAUGAGAGGAGGAGCAGUUGUAUUGGGCGAGGCGGUAGGGGAGGAGCAGGAGGGCUCUGAUGAGGGGGGGUGGGAGGGAUCUGGAUUGAGUGGCAGGGGAAGGCACGGGCGAGCGAGCAGUGCGAUUGGGGGCGGUUCAGGGGUGAGAGAGGGCGGUGAUGGAGGGUUGGGGAGGAGUGAGGGAGUGUUGAAGGAUCCAUAUGAGUUUCUCAUGGACUCACAAGUGGAGGAGGAGCUAUUAGUGGGGGAGGAGAUGUUGAUGGGAGGAGAAUGGGCUGGGUUGGAGGGAGGAGACGGGUGUGUGGACGGGCGGGGUGGUGUGUGUGGUUCGGGGAUAAGGCUGGGGGAGGAGGUGGAGGGAGGGAUCAGUGGGAAUGAUGGCCGGCGGUUUGUGCUGGCAGCAUGCAAAGUGCUCAUGAACGUCACCAACCACAAUGCAGAGGGGAGCAGAGCGGUGGCAGGGGCGCACGGGAUCGAUGUGGUGGCGUCUCUGGCUGCAGCCUGCUGCUCUGACCGCUGCUGGCAGCAUGCCCUGGCAUCUGCUGGGGCCCCGUGUGGCGCUGUAGGAGAGCCAGCUCUGGCAGCAGCUUCUGCAGCAGCUUCGGCAGCAGCUUCGACAGUUCGCACGGGCUAUGGGUCCGAGGGAACUGAGGCAGUGACAGCUGGAGCGUGUGGGUUGGAGGAUGGAGUGCAGGGGAGGGGGAACGGGGCAAGUAAUGGGGGAGGGGAUGACAGGGGAGAGUGUGAUAAAGCUGAAAGGACUUGUGGAGGACGGGAAAAGGAGGGUGCAGCGAGUGAGGAAGGUAGGCCCUGGGAGGGAGAUGGUGACGUGCUGGUGGUGCUGCUGGGUCUGAUCGUCAACCUGGUGGAAGCUGAUAGUGACGCCAGAUCCCUACUGGCGGCAGCCACUUCCACGAGGCGAAAGCAGGACCGGCUGCACUCCAAGCGACUCAGUCCAAGAGAAUACAGCAAAUACAGCACCCAGCAGCACAAGGCCCGUGGACACAGCAUGCAGCAGCACAGUGCCACCAGCAGUGGGAGCCGUGGCCAAGAGGAGGCAGGGAGGGCAGAGGAGAGUGUGUCGAUGGUGUCCCUCCUGUGCGCCAUCUUUGCAUCUCGCCAAAAAAUCUCCGAGCAGCAGCAUCAGAAUCAGCAGCAGCAGCAGCAAAAGGAGAGGCAGGAUUUCGCUGCAAAAUGUCAGAUUUCGGAGCGCUCCAGCCACGAGGAAAGGAGCACGGUGGUGGUGAGAGGGAGUGAGGGUGCAGAAGAGAUGGGAAUGGCAGAGCAGAGGCGACUGGCGGAAAGGGAAGUAGAGGAAUUGCAGAUGAGCGUGCUGGGGCAGGGUGAGAUGGUGCUGCAGGGGGAGCUGAUGGGAGGUGUGGGGAUGAUGGAAGGUGUGGGGACUGGAAAGGAGAAGAUGGGGAAGGCGAUGGGGGGGGAGAUGGGUUCGGGCGAGAUGGUGAUGUCGAUGAUGGUGGAGGGGGCAGUGGAGGCGGAGCAGCUGAUCAUGGAGUCCCACGCUGCUCUGCUGCUGGGGCUGCUGGCACAACACAGCGGGCCAGUGAGUCACCAUCUCCCGUGCUCCUCUCUGCACCCCCUGGCGCCGGCUUUUGAGUCGACUACAAAAUUGUCCGUUCUUUCAUUUCCUCUCCCCCCCUCCCCGCACCUGCAGCGAGUCUGUCUGUCAGUCCAUCUGCCGUCAGCUGCCAGGCUCCUCUCUGCAGCCGCUGGCACCAGUGCUGCGGCAAUUCAUGUUCAGGCAUUCCACGACAGUGUUGGAGCACUCACGAACGAGUCACGGCAGCUGCUGCGCCAAGUCAUUGUCUUCUGCGCUUCGCACAAGCAGUAG